AUGACUCUCAUACCGUCAUCUCUUCAAAAUGAAAUCGAUGAUCUUACACGACGUCAUACCACAUUUAAACAAAAAUGGCUUGAGAAACAACGAAAUAUAUCGAAUUUACUUGCAUCAGCUGUUGUUGCAUGUCGUACAAGUGCUAAUGAUAUUCAUUUAAAUGAACAACAAAUAUUACCGUCAGAUACAAUAGAUGAUUCACAAUUUGAACGUUUAUUUAUUGAUUAUCUCAUUGAACAUGCUCCCAUCUCAAUAACUAAUCUAGCUCAUAUAUUUUCCAAAGAAGAUGAACAAAUUCUUAAUUUAUUAAAAAAUUUAAAAAUUAAACUUGAUAUUGAUGGUAAAACAGUUUUACCUCUUCGUCAUAUAGAACCAUCAUCAGAUUUAACUCUAUCAAAAUCUUUAUCUAGUCCAUCAAAAUAUUCUCUACCAUCAUGGAUGGGUUUACCACCACGUCGUGGUAGUUUAUCUCGAGAACGUCCUUCACAUCAACUUGUUCAUUUACUUUCACAUUUAACCGUACGUGAAUAUGAACGAGAAAAUUUUAAUGUUGAAAUGGAUCGUUUACUUAAUCGACAAACAGCUAUGGAAAAAAUGCUUUCACGUCGUUAUCGUACAAAUGAUACAAUACAAGAAUAUUGUCAAUAUACAACACGUGAUGAUUGUCCAUUAGCAAAUUCACAUUUACAUCAUCGUUCUCGUUCAUCAUCAACAUCAUCUGAUCCUGAACAAAAAUUAACUGAUGAUGAUUUACAAACCAAGAAAAAACGAAAACGUGAUGAUUCAAAUGAUUUAAAUGAAUCAACAAAACGUUCAUCAUAUUAUCAUAGAAAAAAUAUCAAUACAUGUGGAAAAGUACAUUUUAGACGUUUAAUUAAACCUCAUACAGAUGAACAACUUGGUGAUUGUUCAUUUCUUAAUACUUGUUUUCAUAUGGAAACAUGUAAAUAUAUUCAUUAUCAAAUAGAUAAAACAAAUUUUGUACCAACAUCGAAUAUUAAUAAUAAAACUAAUCGUCAUUUACCAAUUGUUGAACGAAUAAGUCCAGGUUCAAUACCUCCGCAAUGGGUUCAAUGUGAUUUGCGUCAAUUAGAUAUGGCUGUAUUAGGAAAAUUUUCUGUUAUCAUGGCUGAUCCACCAUGGGAUAUUCAUAUGGAAUUGCCAUAUGGAACUAUGGCUGAUGAAGAAAUGAGAAGACUUGAUAUACCAUCAUUACAAGAUGAUGGAUAUAUAUUUUUAUGGGUAACUGGUCGUGCAAUGGAACUUGGUCGUGAAUGUCUUCGUAUAUGGGGUUAUCAACGAUGUGAUGAAGUUAUUUGGGUUAAAACCAAUCAAUUACAACGUAUUAUUCGUACUGGUCGUACAGGUCAUUGGCUGAAUCAUGGUAAAGAACAUUGUCUUGUUGGCGUAAAAGGUUCAUGUGUUGGAGUCAAUCGUGGUCUUGAUUCUGAUGUUAUUGUUGCUGAAGUACGUGCAACAUCACGUAAACCAGAUGAAAUAUAUGGUAUGAUUGAACGAUUAUCCCCUCGAACACGUAAAGUUGAAUUAUUUGGACGACCACAUAAUGUUCAACCGAAUUGGAUUACACUUGGUAAUCAAUUAGAUGGUGUUCGUUUAAUUGAACCCGAUGUUAUUGAAUUUUUUACACGUGGAGAUAUACCAACCUAUGUUGUUGAUAGUGAAGAAGGUGUUUUAUUCGUUCAUUAUCCUGAUGGAAGAAGUACAGGUGAUGCUUUUGUUAUGGUUAAAACAGAAAAUGAAGCAGCACAAGCAUUACUUAAACAUAAAGAUAUUAUGGGUACACGAUAUAUUGAACUUUUUCGUAGUACAACAGCUGAAGUACAACAGGUAUUUCGUCGAAGUCAAGAUCCAAAAAAUUUUCAAACAUCAUUAAAAGAUAUUCCAUUUGCACCAUUACCAAUUUUACCACCAGAAAUGUUAACAGGUGGAAAUAAAAAAGAUUGUAUUCGUGUUCGUAAUUUACCUGUUGAAUGUGGUAUUGAACAAAUACUUGAAUUUCUUGGAGUUCAUUCACAACAUAUUGUAGCGCAAGGUGUUCAUAUGGUCUAUAAUGCACAUGGUCAACCAUCUGGUGAAGCAUUCAUACAAAUGGAUUCUGAAGCAGCUUCAUAUAAUGCAGCAACACAUAAAAAUAAUAAAUAUAUGUUUUUUAAUGGUAAAAAAAAGUAUAUUGAAAUACUUCAAUGCUCAGGUGAAGAUAUGAAUCAUAUUCUACUUGGUCUUGUUCCAUCAAAUUUAAUACCACAGAAUAUUCAACGUCAACCAAUGUAUUCUCCUCAUCGAGCUCAAUCUCUUGUACCAAUAUCUACGCUUCAACAACAAAUGCUUCCACCAUCAAUGCCUAUUUCACUUGCUACUUCAUCUCAACAAACAAAUAUAUCUAAUGGUUCUCUUUCAUCUGCACAAUCAUCAACUUCAUCUGCUUCAACAGUGAACGGUCAAAUGACAACAGCUGCUAUGAAUGGACUUCAUCCGAAUGCAACUUAUUAUCCAAUGCAAGUUUUUUAUUAUCCAACACCACCUAUAUCUCCAUCGAUCUAUUUACAAGCUGGACAUAUGCAUCCAGGACCUGUUACACUUGUAUUGAGAGGAGACAAUGGUCAAUAUUAA